AUGAUACCAUUACGCCGAGAAAUCGAAAUGAAAAAUUUUGUUGAUAAAGCUUUGAAAGGUGUGUGCCUAGAUAAAAUGAUACCAAAGGGUAUUUCCAGAAUUCGUAUGGCCGUGCUGAAUGAUAUUGACAAGAUCAUAAAAGACAAAUCUAUCCACUUCACUCGCUUUGAAAUGGUAGCGAUUCUCAAUGUCUUCUACUCAUUACUGGACUAUCAGGUACGAACUAUGAAUAAAUUAGAAUUUCAAGAUUUCCUUUAUCUCACGUUGGGGAUUACAAAUAUGGCGGUUUUGUCGGGAUUUUGCCGAGCUGCAAGGAAGAUAUCUCAAAGAGGAAGCUUGAAAGAAGAUGGAAUUUUAGAUGGUCCUACUUUCGUUAAGAUGAUGUCUAUCCUACUACGUGGUACCAUCGAUGAACGAGCACUUUUGAGCUUUUACAUUCUUGACGAAGAUGGAGAUGGUAUUUUAAGUCCGAAAUCUGACCUAUCUAUGUGUUUGAUGGGCACCUUUAACCCUCACAUCUCAGCUUCUGCACCUAAUAUUGAUCCCGAAGAACCCAGUCGGGACACACUGAGGUACUUAAUUAAAAAAAUGGAUAUUACUACGGAUAGUGGCAUUGGAAUCGAGGGUUUUAUUAGGGAAUGUCGUGCAUCACCUUGGCUUGUCGAUGGAAUUUUGCCAACGUUGCCCUCCGAAACGUUCAAUCGCGCCUUCCAGAAUCUGGUGUCCCAAGCACCAAGGCUGCAACCAAUAGAAAACAAUAUAGAGGAACCAAAGAAGGUUGUAAGAAAAAAGAAUCCCAAACCAUUGCAUUAA